CGGUAAUGUCACGAGUUAUAUAAACGUCUGCGGGCUAGGAACUCAUUUUAUCAGCAAACAUGUUUCCAGACGGAUUAAAUUGGCAAGGGAUCAAGCUAGAGUUGCUGGCAAAAUGGAAGUGAAGGAUGCCAAUGCUGCUAUGCUCAGCAACUAUGAGGUGUACCAGCUCCUGACAGAUCUGAAGGAACAGAGAAAGGACAGUGGGAAGAACAAACACAGCGCUGGACAACAGAACCUCAACACCAUCAUGUACGAGACGCUGAAGUACCUGUCCAAGACUCCGUGCAGCAGGCAGAACCCAGAGACUGUCAAGAACUUCCUUACCACCAUGGUGCCUCACAAACUCACUAAGGCUGAGAAGCUACAGCUACUGAACCACAGACCAGAGACUGCUGUAGAGAUCCAACUGAUGGUAGAGGAGAGUGAGGAGCGGUUAUCAGAGGAGCAGAUUGAGGAGCUCAUUCAGAAGGUCACAGACGUGCUCCCAGGCGACCCAGAACAAGAAGGCGCUACCCCCAGCAAUGAAACAGAGAUGGAAGAGGGCAUUGACCAAUAGCCACGAGUCCUGAUGGAGCUUGUCUGUUACUGAGGGAGGGAGCCUGAGCUGAACAGGAGUCAAAAUGGUGUAAAGAAAACACUGGAAAUCCACUUUCAUGCUCCUUUGGGUGCUCUGGACUGGACAUGGAAGUAUGCAGAAUGGAAUACUGUCAGAUAUUACCAUUGACAGUAACAAGACUGUUCCCAUUCUUCUCUGCAUUACUAACCUACCUGUCUGCUUGGUUCAACUUCAGCUCUUAGUCCUUCUGUGUUUACAGCACUGUUUCUUAACUAGUGUGUUCUGGAAUCCACUUGCACUUACAGAAGAUAGUUUUAGUGAUCUCCUGUACUACAUGCUUUCAUAUAGUUAGCAGAUUACAACGGGCUAAUGUGAAGCUCCAUUAACCAUUACAGGUUAGGUACUGUUUGCGGCGUAUCACAGAAUUUCCGACCAACCUUGGUGACACUUACUCAAUUUCCGACUUGGAAAACAACCAAUGUCUUCCUAAACGCCAAUGUCGAGUUGCAGGGGCUUUGUUUGAAUUUAGAAAAUGCUCUGUUAUUAAAUAAAUUCUUUGCUCCAUGAAGUAAUCCAAAAAUGUGUACGCCGCCAUCUUGUCUAUUUCAAGUCUUCUCACUCAUUGAUCGAGACAGGGGAGUGUCAUGACAUGCAGCACUUUGUGGUGGAGACCUACCUCUCGAUCAAUGAGAGAAGAUUUUAAAUGGUUAAGAUGGCGACGUACACAUUGUUGGAUUACUUCAUGGAGCAGAACUUUUAUUUCAUUGAAUAACCGAUUUUCUAAAUUAAAUUAUGAACUGAUGGUUCGA